CGUCAGGGGCUUGUUUGUCAGUAUUUGGAUUAGUUACAAGCUCGACGUUCGCGACAUCCCCCGCACUCAACCCUACCCCGUUCUCUGCGAACUAAGUGGAAAUCACAAUAAAACAAAUAGAGACACGAUGGCACUCCUCGGCACUGUUGCUGGCUUUUCAUUAUUCGGUCUGGCAGCGCGUUUCGGGCAGCUCGCAAUAAAGAAGAGAAAUCUCAUGGAGAACCUUGGCGGACACGCAUUAUCUAUGGGCGCUUUUGGUUUUGCUGGUUAUUGGGCAUAUCAGUGGGACGAACGUGCGGCGGUGAUGCUGGCGCAGAAGCGUGCGGAGAUUACUGAGCGGAGAGAAAGGAAGUUGGCGCAGGCUGCAUGACCUAGACUUGUGUGGAUGAGGUGCUUAGGUCAUGCUAUACGCCUGGAUGAUGGAAUCCACUGUGUACAUCACCUUUUUUCAACGCUGAACCCCAGUGAGAAUUGGACAUUCGAAAAUCA